AUGAGACAAGAGGGGCCGGCGGACGCCACAGCUGAGCACGUGCAGGUGCAACAAGAUGAAACAGUGUUUGCUUUGGAAUCGGAGGUGAAAGAUUUCAAUGAAGAAAAUACUGAUGUAAACACCAAGGUAGUUUCCUUGUUAGAGAAAAUUGAUGAACUCGAAUCGGCUGGUGCUCGCUCGGUGUCAGUCGAGCUUGCUACAUUGAUGGGAGAAGAUACAACGCUGGUUGAUCAUCUUGGUCGUCAACGUAUUUUGCAACUCUGUGAUGAAGUGCAGGAAACCUGUCGGAAACUAUCUGCUCCCGAUGCGCGCAGGAAGUUGGGGAUGGAGUUGAGAGAUGCUGUCAUGGGCAAGUCGCGUUGGCUGUUACCGUCCGAAACUUCAAAUGAAGAACCGGUUCAGGAAGAUGCAGAUUCUGGACGUGCUGCGAAGCAUUUGUUGGUAGCUCGCGGGAAGAAGCCGCUGAGUUUAUUUGACUGGAAGAUUUGGACGAUGGCGAAACCGAAGCUUUGGAGAUAUGGUGAUGCUGGCAAUUUAUUUGAUCGCGAGGAAGCAUUGUCCACCCGAGAAUGGGCGGCGUGUCUUUUGCUUCGAGAGGAGUUGCAGUAUGCUGUUGACAACGAUGAUGUUGCUCCGGUAGUGAGUAACCGUUUCAGUGGUGAUUGGAUUGCGUUGCACAUGAUGUCCACUGUUUGUCGCUUGACAGAUCAGCGCAAUGCUUCAUACCAAUUUUUACGAAAUGGUGGCAUGGCCUUUGCCAAGACUUUGAGUGCUCUGAAAGCAGAUGAUUUGGCAUCGGCGGCACGGGUGGUAGAUCCUUCCUCUGGUGAUUCUGUGCAGCAAUUGUUGCAAAAUACCAGUGUGCCAAAAACUGUCAAGGAUGCUCUGCAAGCGAUGCAAAGCGCUUCGGCCACGGUCUUGGGCAGCGAUGGUCAUCGCAGGCAGUGCCGGCACGAAGGAGUCGCCUACAUGGAGACGUUUGGACCGCCGCUCAUUUUCUUGACGCCCAAUCUGGCGGACACGCAGCAUCCAUUGCUGCUGGUUGUACAAGGCGAAGCGGUGGAUCUUGGGUCCGUGGAUCAGGAAAUGGACCCCUCGUUGCCGAAGUACAGAGACAUGCUGCGAAAGAUUGCGCAAGAUCCUGUAGCACAAACGGUACAAUUUGAGUUCUUGAUGCGAUUAUUUUUCCAACAUGUUUUGAAUGUGCGACCAGAAACGCUGGAUUGUCGCAGAGGUGGUGUCCGCACGGUCUCGCGGGAAUGGUGCAGUGAUGGCGCCGCUGCAUCUUCUACCGGCGCUGGAAUGCUGGGACCCGUGCUUGCCUUCAGAGGUGAAAUCGAAGCUCAAGGCCGCGCCUCUUUGCAUCCACAUAUUUUGGUUUGGCUUGUAUGCGGCCAUUUGGAGGUGGUAGGCCAACUUGCCAGCAUGUUGAAGAAUAACAAGGCCGAAUUGCAGCAUCGAUUACGUCACUUUAUGAAAAUGGUUGUGGCCAGCUUCGAAUCGUUGUCCCAUGCGUCUGUCCAAGCAGCUCCUCGCAUCUUUGAUGGCGCCAGCCUUUCGACACCGGUUGCUGUCACGAAGGUUGCUCGCAACUUGUCCAAGUAUGAUGGCGGCAGUGACUUGGACUUGUUGCGAGAGAUGCUGGAGAGGACUCAGGAGCAAGAUGCUUUUUUGGAAGCUGCUCGGGACGAUGAUUGGCGCCAACCGUUGCUGCAGGUCGAGGAGGCGGCCAAUCCAACCAGGAACAUUUUCACACAGCCUAUCAAUGGCUUGCCAGUGGCACAGACGCCUGCAUAUCGUUUGCGCAGUGUGCUGGUGGAAGGCGCUUCUCCAGAAGAAGAAGCGCGAGCAUGGCAGACGGCAUUUGCGCAGGCGGGCCUGCGCGAGGGCGACAUUUUGCCACACGUCGGCUUCACGCAGCAAUUGGGUUACAUGGCCAAAUAUGAGUGGGCUGCCGGACAGUAUGAAGAACGAGUUGGAUCUCCCACUGAGCCGGUAUCAUGGUUGUGGACUCGUUCGCUGGGCAAAGAUUUUCGCAAAGCUUGGCUGGCAGCUCAUGAGAGAGCAGUAACUGGGGAAACGGGCACAACACAAACAGAAGAUGAUGUUGCCGAUCGCGGCUUUGUUCGCGCGAUUCGCUGCGGUGUGAGUGACGCUUUUGCGGAUGGUAUCAAUAGCGGGUUUUACAUCAACAGCUACACGACGAAGCCUGGGCCUGGCUGGGCUGGAAUGUUAGAGGAGUUGCGCAAAGGCAUUGAGCGCUUGGAAAUGGAGCGGGAGGAGCGCAACGAGGAGAGGAGCCGUGCAGAACAAGCUGCACAAGAUGCAGGUGAACACAUUCCCGGACGUCGUGGAGUUAUGUUUUCUGAGACGAUGAAGACGUUGACCCGCCUGUCGUCUUCCUACAGUGUGGACGAUGUGGUUUUGGCCGGCUGGCGGAAAGUUGCCCGCAUUGAUGAUGAAACCGGCGAGACGUCGUAUGUCUACAUUGGACCGGGUGGGCAAGCUUGCACGAAUUUAGCUGACGCCUUCUUGGAGUUUGAAGCGCAGGCAGCACAGAAGCGCAAUUCGCGACAGAGGUUGUCGAUUGCAGAAGAGCUUUUGAAAAUGCAUAGUGUGACCGAAAAUGUGGAUCGCAGUGGCGACGGUGAGGGUGCUGCCACGAAUUUGCGAGCUUUGCAAGCAACUGGUCAGGAUGUCGCAGUGACUGCAGGUGUUAGUACCGUCUCUCAGCCUCAGUACCUUUCUGUUACUACAAGCAGUUUGGAGGAUUAUUUGUAUCGCGGUGACUCAGAACUGCUGGCAGGAAUGAGUUGGGCGACCUAUGGCACGUGGGUCUAUCGUAUCGAGUUGCCUGCUCGUCCGGAGAAGUCGGUCAGAGGCGUCCUGCCACGGUACAUUGAUGUUUAUUUUGAUCCGGCUUACAAGCUCUACAAUUCUCAUGCUCAGCGGAUCUGCUCAGAACCUCGUGUACCAAUGUUUGAAGGGUUUACUAUGCCACCUCUGACUGUGGACAGCGAGCGGAAUGCCAUGUACAAGCAGAUACAAUGCCGGCCAACUCGCAUUCUGCCUGUCGAAGGCGAAGAACUGAGCCAGGAGGAGUUGGUCCUGAAAGGCUCUGCAGGCAUGGACAAUUCCAUUGCAGCUACGACUGCUUUCACACGAGCUUAUCUGGAAUGGGAAGAAGAGAUGACGAAGGAAGCAGCCACGGCUCGUUAUCGUUUUGCAGCUCGAUUUGAAUAUCCUUCUCUGUGGGAAACAAAAGAAAUGGUUGAGGCCCUUCGAUGGAAACUGGAAAUGGUCAUGGGCGAAGAUUUGCCGCAGCUGAUAUUAGAUCCGGAUCGAGAGAAGCCUCGAGCAACUGUUGAGCAAUAUUCUUCCAUGUUGGCAGAGAGUCGAGUUGCGCAUUUGGAAGGUUUGGCUCGGGCCCGGCAACAACGUCACAAGAGAAGUCGGGAUGUUGAUGCUGAGUUGUUGGAGGAGUUCGUGAAAGUGACCACUGCGGGCGAAAAAGAUGACGAAAAUGCUGGGGACAAUCCUGAGCAUGAUGAACUGCCUCCAGAAAAAACACUUCGGCCUGAUGAAGUCUUUCAGAAGAUAUCUUUUCGACCGAAUAUGGAAGAACAGAAGAAACUGCUACUUUUUCAAUUUCAAGCUCGACACAAUCAAUAUGUGAAAGAUUUCCUUGCACAAAGCUGGACGAAGGAAGAUCCUUUCGCCGAUGCAUGCAAACUUCAGAAUUCGACACGUCACUCGCUGCAUGAUGUUUUUGCUGAGCUCCAAAGUUGGAAUGCAGACACACGUGCGGACAUUUUGGGAUCGUGUCGAUAUGGUUUGGUGCAAGACGACGAAGACAAAGAGCAGCCUUCCAGUGAAGAAAUUGUGCAUGCAUCUCUCAAGAAAGCUUUGCCACGGUUACCUGCCCAGUGUGUUCGCUUCAGUACUCAGAAUGUCUACGAGAAACCUUCCGAUCUUGUGAAAGAUCUAGUUGCUGCAUUGCCGCCGAAGCAACGACUGAAUGAAGAUCAGGACUGUUUCAUUCAAAGAUUUGCGGAGGUGUUGGACACGGUGUACGCACAAGAAAACACAACUGCCCCAGAGAAGCGGCAUGUUUAUCACAUGCUGUUGCUCGGCCAAGGGGGCUCAGGCAAGACGCACAUUGUGCAGAACGUUGUAUUCCCUGUGGUGCACUUCAUGUGGCCUUCGGAGGGAGAACAGUCUACCUUGAUGGUUGUUGCUGCCAAAAAUGCGCAGGCCAAGAACAUUUCCACUGACACUGUCCGCGCCAAGACCUUACACGGCGCAUCCUUGCUCGGAGCUGCUGGCUCCAACGAGAAAGGUUUGCAGAAGCUGUGGAGCUCUGUGCGUGUCUUAGUUGUGGAAGAAAUCAGCAUGGUCUCGGCUCUUCUUUACAACAUGCUAGACUUUCGCGCCAUGCUUGGUCGCCGCUUGGUGUUUGGAGUGGAUCCAAACACGUAUGCCAAGACAGGCUGUGCCUUCGGACGUGUGCCGAUUGUUUUGCACUUGGGCGACUUUUUUCAAUUGCGGCCGACUGCGCAGCUCUCUUUGUUGGAUGAUUUGAUGGCGCAGGAUGAGCAUGGCAACUGGAAGCACGCUGAUGUGCCUGCAGAAGUACAGCAUGCCCAGAAAGUGUUUGCGCAGAUUCCAGACGUUUUUGAGCUGCGCGGCACCAUGCGGUUCAAGCCAGGAGAUCCUCUGAUUGACUUAUUGCAAUGCAUGCGCCAAGGACACCGUCUGCCGGACACAAUUUGGAAUGCUUUUCAACAGCGUUGUGCUCGCAACACUACAUCCGGGAAUCCAGAUGAACGAUUCAACUUGCCUCGUUUUCGGCGAGGCUACUGCAUGUCGAUCUACUGGGCGUCGCUGGUGCGGAUGAUGUACCGUAGAGCGUUGUUGGAUGCAGCGCAGGCGGAUCAGCCGUUGGUAUUGCUGCAAGCUGCUGACAAUGCAUCGGGUUUGGAAAGGGACGUUGCUUUUCGUUUUUUGAACCGGCCGAACCCGUAUCAAACGGGGCAUAUGCAUGGACUAUUCCCUUGUCAUGUUGGCAUGCGGAUUCGACUGGUUGCAAAGCUCGAUGCAGAUAAGGGCAUGGUGCAGGACACAUUGGCCACGAUCAUGGAUUGUGAAUUUCAAUCCAACGAUCGGGCUCGGUAUCGUCAAUGCAAAGGCGGCGAGUUGUUUUCUCCGGAAUAUCUCCCAUCGGGUCUCUGGGUGGCUGUUGAUGGAUAUCAAGGAUGCUCUGGCUAUGAAGAUUUACUUGCCCGUUGCACAGCGCAUAUCGAGAACUAUCAAGAGGCUGAAAGAUUAGCGAAAAGUUUUUGGUUUCUUCCGGCAGAAGAAGUGGUGAUUCAAUUGAAUAGUUCGCAGAAGUAUGAUGUCCGCCGCUGUGGCUUUCGAAUCACGCAUGCCAAUUUUUUCACGAGCACUGGCUCGCAAGGUCUGACUCUUCGAGAAGGCACCAUCAUUGACUGUGCGCGUUUACCUGAAAUGGAUGAUGAGAACUGGUGGUUGCAUUUGUAUGUCAUGUUCUCCCGUGUGACGACGAUGGAUGACAUGCUACUACUUCGGGCACCGCCCAGAGAGAUCUUGGAGCUCGGGCCUCCAGCCGCAAUUCGAACAAAAGUGGCUCAGUUUCAAGAGCGAGCUAAGAUCUGUCGUGCAGGGGUUGCUGCACGUUUUGGCCACGGGGCUUGA